UUGAUCUAAUUGUAACUAAAUAAGAAAUAAAAUAUUGUAUUUUAAAAUAUGUAGCUGAAUCUUAUUUCAAAUAGAUAAUAAAUAAAAUGGGAAAAGUUGCUAAGUCCCUUAAAAGUAGAACUCGCUGCACAAGUUCUCGGUUUGCAGGACUACCAAAUGAUCUUCCUGUUAGCGACCUUCCCACAUUUAAACAAGUUAUACAGUUCAGCUACAAACUCAAUAAACAAUUCACUGAAAAAAAAUUAACUGAUCAACAAAUUGUUUCUCAAAUAAGCAUUAAACUUGUUGAGCUAUGGAGAAAAGUGAACUCUAAACUCCCCUUGAUCCACAAGAGAAGUAUACGGAAAAAACUUGAGUUACUUUUUAAAAAAGUUUUAUGUGCUGAACAUAAAAAAUCAAAAGGGAACAAAUCCAGCAUUGUUUAUUUGGAGAAAAAUUUUGAUUCAUUGUUUGAUUUGUCUGCUUGUAACUGUGAACUACCUGUUGCUAAUUGUGAUGACAGACUGGUUAGAUGUGACAUUAAAGAUUGUUUUAAAAAGCAUAUAUUAUGCAACUGUGAUGAAGAAAAAAAGGUACCAGUAAAUGAAAGGGAGUACCUAAAAGACCAAAGAGCUAAAAAAGGUGGAAAGGGGUCAUUUCAGAUUGGCAAAGUUGAUCAAAAAGGACUAAUCAAAUUAAAGAAUAAACAAGUAAUUGGAGCAUUAUACAAACAAGAGUUUUGUGUGGAAAGUCUUGAAGAAUCAAAUUUAGUGUGUGAUGAUCCUUGUUUUGAUGAUAAUGAUUGUGAUGACGGUGAAAUUAAAUAUGAUCCAGAUUUUUAUGAAGAGAUGUCUACUUUACAUAAUUACAAACACUUGCCUAACUUUGCAAAAGCAGCAAUACGUUAUGGAAUUAGUAACAAUGCCGCUGCUCAUUUAGGUACAGGAUUACUCAUUGACUAUGGCAUAGUAACAGCUGCUGAAAGAACUAAUAUCAUUACAGAAAAGAAAGUUUUUAGUGAGAAGUUUAGAAUAGGAGAACAACUUGAAAUUGAUCAUAGUAAAGAAGUUUUUCAAUUAAAAGUUAUCGGAGUUGAUGAUAAAAAAGAUAAAGAAACGCUUGUUCACACAAUUGCUUACAAUUCAGAAGGUGAGCCAAUUAUAAUACCUGGAAUUGAAAAAGAAGCACAUCUCACAUUUACUGCAGAAAGUGGAACAAAAAAAAGAAAAUAUUUAACACAUAAAAUUAUUACAAGUGGAACUGGAGUUUCUAAAGCAAAUGCAACUAAAGAAGUUCUAACUGAGUUUGACAGCACCGAAACUCUUGAAGCUAUGGUUCUUGACAAUACUAGUUCAAAUACUGGUACAGACAAUGGUCUCGUUGUUAAGCUAGAAAAAUUUAUAAAUAGAAAAUUACAUUUAGUUGGAUGUCAACUCCACCAAAAUGAAUUGCCAUUAAGACAAGUAAUUAUUCUACUUGAUGGAAACACAAAUGAUCCAAAGAAAUAUAAAGGUCCAGUUUGUUCAUCGGUUUCAGAAAAUUCCAUUCAUGAACUCCCUUUAAUAGUUUUUUCUACAAUAAUGUCCGAAAUUCAGUCAUUUGUGGAUGAGCGUGUUGUUUCUGAUUUAAGUAAUGACCAAAGAAAAUUAUAUGAAUACACCAUUGGUAUAUCUACAGGUAAAGUUUCAAAAAAGUAUGCAAUGACAAAACCUGGACCUGUGAACCAUGCAAGGUGGUUGACACUUGCAUUACGGAUUAUGUAUAAAUAUACUAGAGAAACAAAUCCAUCGGCAGAGUUGGUUAUGAUAACGAAGUAUAUAGUCCAAGUAUAUUCUCCAAUUUGGUUUGCUAUAAAACGAUCAGGUCAUUAUAAAGAUUCAGCAAAGAUUCUGUUUAAAUUGAUUGAGUUGACUAAGUUGCAAGAUAAAAAGAUACAAGAAGUUGUCUUUAAAAACUUAGCUGGAAAUUCAUUUUGCUGUUUACAGGAGAAUUUUCUCUAUUGCAUGAUAAUGGAUGAUGAGAAAGUAAAUCGCGACAAAGCCAUAGAUCGAAUACUCAUUAUUAGGAAGCUAAAUGAGGAAAAUAAAGAAUUUGUUCCUAAGCUUAAACCCAAAACAAUAAUGAAAAUUGAUUUUGAUUGUAACUGCUGGAUUGAUCUUGUUCAAAUAUGCCAAAUUAAAAAUGAUAAACGCAAAAGAAUCUGGAGAGAUUUUACCGCUUACAUUUCUUCCAAACAACUCUCAGUCAGUUGAACGUGCAGUUAAGUCAGUAACCGAAGCAUCAAAACUGGUUUAUGGUCUCAAAAAAAGGCACAACUUUAUUCUUACUAAAGACCAGAGUAGGAAAGAAAAUCAUAGAAAUGUUACCAAAAGCAAUUAUUUUGUUCCAAGCAUUUAAAAAAAAAACUGUUAAAUGUAACACUUGUAAUAUUAAUUAUAAUAAGAACAAUUUAUUUAUUUGAACUUUAUUUAUGUAAAUUUAUAAAAAUAAAUUUAUAUUAGUUUUCCAAGGUUUAGGUAUUAGAAAAUGAACUUGUACGAUUUUUUUUAAGCAAAAUAAAAGGGUUAAAAAAUAAAAUCAUUUUAAAGCCUUUUUUGUUUUUGGGGUGGUCUAGGAAUUAUUUAGGAAAGGUGACACAAAUCUUAAAUAGGCUUUUUAUAAAAAAGUUCCCUAAAAUAAUUUUUUUUUAAUAUAUUGGUCAGAGCAGUGGGGAGGAUUCCCCACGCAACUUUACUAACUACUAACUGGAAGAAGAGGCAGUCUGAAAAAGCUGUUCUUUUAUUAAUUUUUUUUUUAGUAAUACCUAUAAAGCUAUAAAGAGAAAGUUUCUUUAGACAUUUAUAAGUGGAGGUCCCCGGGGGCAUGGAGAGUUACCAGAUGGCCUAAGAAAAACCUUAAUUGGCAACCCAAUUAUUCUGAAUUUUUAUAUAUCAGUGAAGGACCUUAUUUUUUAACGUAACUUUUCUUUGGCACCCCUUGGACAUCUGCUGACCGGGACAAACUGUCAUGUCAAUGAUAUUGAUCAUUAUUAUUUUUGUUCAACUUCUGUUUUGCUUUUAUCAUAUUAUUGUAUUGCAUGGGUAGUUGGCCGUAAAAUAUUUACAUUAUUGUUCUUUGCUAUCAGUGAUAGCUAACAACAUUGUUAAAAGCCUUAAACAUAAGAUUUGAACCAGUUUUUGUUAAAUGCUUUAUUCAACGAAAGUUUAUGUAUUCGCACAAAAAUAACCAAUUUUAUCAAUUUUUAAAUGUUAAAGCCCGAAUCAGUUUUAUGUUUUUUUUAUUUAUUUAUUUUUUUAAUGUGCUUAGUUUUAUACAUAAAAUCUUCCACGCCCAUACCAAUUUUUGUUUUCGAAAAAUUUUGCUCAGUGGAAUUGCCCUAAUUGGCAUUGCGCAAAAUAUCCUUCAAGACUUAUUCUUAUUUAAUAUCAAAUUAUGGUAAGUCCUUUAUCUUAAUUGUUUUUUAUUUUGUUGUGUGUUUGUUUGCCUUCAAUUUGUACUUGAGUAUUUAGGAAUAGUUUAACUUAUUAGUUUUUUGUAUUCUAAUGUUACUUCUUGCGCAACGUGUUUUAAUAAUUUUCUAAAAAGUAUAUCAGCGUAAUUUGUUUAAAAUGGAUCAAGUUAGGGUAUUUGGCUGAGCAGUAGUAUGUCCUCUCAAAUGUUGCAACAUAAGAAGGCUUUUGACGCAGACGUAGAGGUGGGUUUUAUUUGCUUGUUUUGAGGAUGUUACCCCGACGGGAGUUUCUAGAAAUGAGCAUUAAAACAUUCGAAACGUCAAAUACCAGAGUAUUAUCUUUAUAAGGAUCAAUACAAUGUCCACUUCCUGACGAGAAUCUGAUUAUUUUCCGUAAACCUGAUGGCGAAUAUGAACAUUAAAGGGAGUAAACGUAAAGGCAGAGAAAACAAAAUAUCGUUUGAAAACCUUAAGUUAAAGGACGUUAUGUUUGAAGCGUUACAAGACAGGUAUACCGUUAGUGAAAAAGAAUUAUUUAGAGUUGUCGGGAAUAAACUAAAGAAUGCACCAGGAAGAUUGAACCAUUCCAUUGAUAUCUAACAUUUAUAUUAUAUUAUAUGUAUAUAGUUUAUGUUAUAGUAUAUAGUUACUUUUUUUAAAUAAAUAAACAAUAAUAUUAUACAA